CAUCUAUUGAUCGUCCGACACACAAACUGGGACACGGAUCUGUCUGCGGGUCUCUGCUGUCGUCGUCUGAGUUCCACAUUUUUGUCAGUUUGUUGUUGAAAGCGGAAUAUUUAAGCGAGUCAGCAUGAAGCCAGCUGUGGCUCUGCUGCUCCUCGUCCUGCUGCUGCUCGACGUCUCCUCUGCUGCAGAAGAGUCGUGUGCGGGUCGCUGCGGCUCCUUCAACUCUCAGACUAAAUGUCAGUGUGACUCCAUGUGUGUUUACUACGGGAGCUGCUGCGCCGACUUCGACGCCAUCUGCCCCAAAAAGAUUGCUCGCGGGGACACCUUCGAGGAGGCCGACUCAACGACGACGGCUGCCGGAGUCACGCCAACGAGUCUCCCGCCAACGAGUCUCCCGCCAACGAGUCUCCCGCCAACGUUCAACACCACGGCCGCCGCUCCACAGCGUGCCGACGCCACGCAGCAGGGGCCCACGCCACCUGUCGACCCCGACGCCGCCGCCUGCAGCGGCCGGCCUUUUGACGCCUUUUUGCAGCUGAAGAACGGCUCGAUUUACGCGUUCAGAGGUGAAUAUUUCUUCGAGUUGGAUGACACGUCGAUCCUGCCCGGUUACCCAAAACGGAUCCAAGAUGUUUGGGGGAUCUCCGGACCGAUCGACGCUGCGUUCACACGCAUCAACUGCCAGGGGAAAUCCUACAUGUUUAAGGGGAACCAGUACUGGAGGUUUGACGGGGACGUCUUGGACGAGGACUAUCCACGGGACGUCUCAGUCGGCUUCGAUGGCGUUCCAGACGGCGUAAACGCAGCGUUCGCCAUUCCAGCACCGAGUCACCGCGGCAAAGAGAAGGCCUACUUCUUCAAAGAGGACAAGUACUACCAGUAUGAGUUCAAGCACCAGCCGUCCCAUGAGGAGUGCGUCCAGAUGAGCCGGUCCUCUCCGUCGAUGCUGUUCUCCCGAUACACCGACCUGUUCUGCGAUCAGACGUGGGAGGAUUUCUUCUCCGAGCUGUUUGGGAGCUCCUCGGUCAGCGGUCGCCACACCGGCCCUCGAUCCACCAGCACGGACUGGCAGGGCGUCCGGCCCCCCGUGGACGCGGCCAUGGUGGGACGAGUCUACCUGAGUCCCAAACCCACGCUGCCUCCUCCACCGGCGAGGAGGCGCAGCAGCCGGAGGAGGAGGCCCAGCAAGAAGCGUGGGCAGCGGAGGCAGAGCCGCCACGUGUUUGAUGACCUGUGGGGAUACGAUGACUGGUUCGACUACAGCGACUACAGCGACAUGUUUGAGACCACCAAGACCGAGUCCAAAACCACCCCGGUUCAAAAUGUCUACUUUUUCAAGAAAGAUAAAUACUACCGCGUGGAUCUGCAGAAAAAACGUGUGGACUCGGCCGUCCCUCCUUACCCACGAUCCAUCGCCAAAUACUGGCUGGGCUGCAAGACCGAAGAGACGCCCGACGCUUCCAGGGCAGAGAAGAGAUAAAGACAGACAAACCAGUCUGCAGAACGUAAAGAGAGAUUCACUCUCCUUCAUAGCAACAAGUCCUAAUCACACAAUGACUUUAAUAUAGAGUCUGUUAUUCUUGUUGUUGACGCAUUUAGUUCAUGAUAAACUCCCUCUGAUGUCCCCGCUGGAUUUAGGUGGAUGUGCUGACAUUCUGCAUGAUUUAAUAAAAUGUAGAUUUCA